AUGGACAUAAUCGCCUGUUUUUCGCUGCGCCGGUGUUUAUCUAUCUAUCUAUCUAUCUAUCUAUCUAUCUAUCUAUCUAUCUAUCUAUCUAUUUCAGUCUUCUCAUAUCUAUCUAUCUAUCUAUCUAUCUAUAUAUUUACUUUCUUUCUCUCUAUCUGCCUAUCUAUCUGUUCGUUUUUUAUCUAUCUGAAUGUGUUUAUUUUCGUUCUAUCUCAAUCUGUUCAUUUUCUUUAUUAUUCUCUUCAUGAGGAAAAUCUAUCUAUCUAUCUAUCUAUCUAUCUAUCUAUCUAUCUAUCUAUCUAUCUAUCUCAUUCUGUUGGUUUUUGUAUCUAUCUAUCUAUCUAUCUAUAUAUAUAUAUAUAUAUAUAUAUAUAUAUAUAUAUAUAUAUAUAUAUAUAUAUAUCAAUUUGUUUUUCUUUGUAUCUAUUUCCCGCUAUUCAUUUUCUAUUUUAUAUUCUGUUCAUGGGCAAUCUAUCUAUCUAUCUAUCUAUCUAUCUAUCUAUCUAUCUAUCUAUCUAUCUAUCUAUCCUUUUCCGUGAACUACUAUCUAUCUAUCUAUCUAUCUCAAUUUCUUUCAUAUCUUCUUCUUCUUCAUCAUCUUCUCCUUCUUCUCCUUCUUCUUCUUCUUCUUCUUCUUCUUGA